UCUCUCUUCUAGAGAGAGAAAGAGGAGAGAGAGAGAGAGAGAGAGUAGUUCUCGGUUCAAUUCCCAAUGGCUUUGAAUUAUGAUCUUCUUCCAAGUCUUUUGGUUAUAAUAACUAUGAGCUUCUUAGUGAGAGGACAAGCAAUAAGUGAUUAUAAACUGAUCGGCCAUGAAAUCCAAGCUGAGCAAGAAGCAGACAGAGUUGUUGGGCUGCCGGGGCAGCCUUCUUCGGUGAAAUUCAAGCAUUUUGCAGGCUAUGUCACAGUCAAUGAAACUCACGGAAGAGCUUUUUUUUAUUGGUUCUUUGAAGCCGUAGAUAAACCUCAAGACAAACCUCUCGUCUUAUGGCUUAAUGGAGGCCCAGGUUGUUCAUCAAUUGGAUUUGGAGCAGCAGAAGAACUAGGUCCUUUCUUUCCUCAAAAUGGCGGCAAACCUAAGCUAAAGUUCAAUCCUUAUACAUGGAACAAUGCUGCUAAUUUAUUGUUUCUGGAAUCGCCUGUUGGAGUUGGGUUUUCUUAUACCAAUACCAGCAGUGACAUUACGAAUCUUGGCGAUACAAUUACUGCCCAGGACUCCUACAUUUUUCUAAUCAAUUGGUUUAGAAGAUUCCCACAGUAUAAAUCUCAUGACUUCUACAUCGCUGGAGAAAGCUACGCAGGGCAUUAUGUUCCACAACUUUCCGAGGUCAUUUUUGACAAAAACAAGCGUGCGCAAAAGAGAAAUUACAUAAACCUCAAGGGCUUCAUGAUAGGAAACGCAUUAUUAGACGACGAAACAGAUCAGAAAGGAAUGAUUGAUUAUGCGUGGGAUCAUGCAGUGAUUUCCGACACUUUAUAUGAGGGAAUUAAGAGCAAAUGCAAUUUCAGUGAUCCAAAUCCACCAAAUGAUUGUGAUAUUCUGAUGAACCAAUACUUUGAUGUGUACAAGAUCAUUGACAUGUAUAGCUUGUAUACUCCCACGUGUAUCAUCAAUGGAAAUAGCACCGUCACAAGGCAGCAGCAACGCCCAGUUUUCCAACGCUUUGGCACUCCAAAGAAUUUGUUUCACAAAUAUCAACAGCAAGGAUGGCACAAAAGAUCAGCAGGAUACGACCCAUGUGCAUCAGAAUACACGGCGGUCUAUUUAAAUAGGCCUGAUGUCCAAGCUGCAUUGCAUGCCAAUGUCACCAAAAUUCCCUAUCCAUGGACUCAUUGCAGUGAAAAUAUUUCCUUCUGGAAAGAUGCACCGGCAUCCGUUCUUCCCAUAAUUAGAAAGCUUGUAACCGGAGGACUCCGCGUUUGGGUUUACAGCGGAGAUACUGAUGGGAGAAUUCCAGUUACGGCUACUAGAUACACAUUGAAAAAGCUUGGAUUAGAAAUAACUCAAGACUGGACUCCUUGGUACAACAAUGAAGAGGUUGGAGGUUGGACGGUUGAAUACAAGGGGUUAGUUUUUGUGACCAUAAGAGGAGCAGGUCAUGAAGUUCCCCAAUUUGCCCCAAGGCAGGCUCUUCUGCUGAUUGAGCACUUUUUGGCCAAUAAGAAUUUGCCAGCUAAACCAUUUUAAAGUCUUUUUUUUUUUUUUUUUUGGUUGGGUGCAAAUAAAUAGAUGAAUUAAACGAUUCUUCAACAGAAUUAAAUGAAACUAAAGUAUUUUCCUUUUUCCAAAAUCAUUCCAAUUGUAGAUCUAAAACCUUUGACACAUUGAUUUAAAACCAA